GCCUGCGCUUCGCUUUACUCUGAAAUGAUCGACUGACUCCAAUCGGUCGUUGAACCACCACAACGUUCACCACAACGUGACGCCGUACAUCCAUCCAUCCAUCCAUCCAGCCAGCCAGCCAGCAGCUAGGUUAGACACAUAACAUUGCUGCCUGCAUUUAGCCACACACGACGUGACAACACCCACACAAAGCAAAGGCAUGUAGCUAGGUGAGCAUUCUGUACACGUCCAUCCAUCCAUCAACAUCAACCAACAGGCAGGCAGUACGUGGCAAGCAGAGCACCGCGCCACACCACACCACCCGCAAUGCAACGUACAAAGUGAUGGGGUGAUGGGGUGAGUGAGUGAGUGAGUGGGUGGAUGUGUGUGUGUCAGCCUGCCAGCCAGCAAUGAACCACCAAUGGGGUCAUAUCGCUUUUCUGUCUAUCUCAUCUGUUUGUCUCCAUAUGUACUACUUGAGGCUCUUGAAUGCCUCCUGUGCCUCUCGGUCGACCUGUGCUAUCACAUCGAGGUCCGCACAGUCCUCACCGGCCCGCAUGCCGACGUGUGGGUGGCUGCACGCCACGGCCGGCUCCCACACGCCCCCCUCCUCCACACGCGUGUAGCUGCCCAGGUCGGGAGGGCACAUGUCCAUCUCCAGGAUCUCGUCGGCCUGGAGAGUAGACAGACACCACACAGACCAUGUGCAGUCGCUGGCUGACUGAGUGGCUGGCUAACGGGUAUGUGUGGGAUGCAGCAGAUGGCGAUUGCGUCAGAGAGGUUGUUUGCGCGCGUGGUGCGUUCGGCCUCGAGGCUGUUGCGGUCCGGCCAGCCCACAUCGAUGAGGGGGUUGGGCUUGGGCAGCAGACGCCGAAAAUACCGGCCGGCGAAGGUCUGGUCGACGGACGAUGCUGCCGCUGUGGUCGUGUGGGGCGCUGUGUAUCGGCUACGGGGGGACUGGUCGGGCGUCUUGCUGAACUCGUAGACACCCUGCAGCGCAGGGGUCAAACACACACACACACACACACACACACAUACAUCUACACGUCUUAUGAUCUGUCUUGAGUGCAUCCAUUCAUUCAUGCCUACCUUUCCGUCAGACGAAGGCACGACCACCUUCUCGAACGACGGCGGACGACGAAUGCGCGACAGAUCUAGGGCCAUGUCGGGACGGCUGCUGCUGCUGCUAUAGUUGCCAUAGUUGCCAUAUCCGUAGCUGCCUCCCCCACUCCCAUGCCCUCCCCCACCCGCAGCCGGCUCGGCCACCAGCUCGUUGUCGAUAUCAAUGCCCCGGGCCAGAAGGUCGUCCAUCACUCGGUCCAUCGACUGGGUCAGAUGGGCGUCGAGGAGGCCGUCGAAGCCCUCUGCUACGUCAGGGUGGCCGUCGUAGUCGGUGUCGGAAUCAGAGUCUAGGUCGGAGUCAUGGUCGUGCUCCUGUGCGACCACCACGGCCUCGCUCGAGGCCCGGUAGAUGACGGGCGGGGACGACGAAGCGGCAGGAGGCGCAGAGGGAGGUGGGGCAGCAGCUACCUGAGCAAACACGGCAAGAGAGAAAAAAGUGUGACAUGCAUGCCAUCCGUCCAUCCAUCCAUCCAUCCAUCCAUCCACCCAUCGGUUGCUCAUUUCAUUCACGUACGUUGUCGUGCUGGCGCUCUCCCUUGUUGACAACAGCCGCCGCCGCAUGCAUAUCCCCGUCCGAACCCAUACCCUCUCGAGCAUGCCUACGCCUACCCACCUCCUCCCCUGCCCCUCCCUCUCCCUCUCCCUCACGCACCAACCCCUUGACUCCACCACCGCCACCGCCACCACCAGCCGCCCUAUCUGCCGCAUGCUCCACCACACUAGAGCUGCCGCCCCGAUUCCUCCGCCGGCCGAGAAACAUGCCGCCCAGCAAUGCCGCACGCCACCCGCUCCCACCGCCUUUUUCAGCACCACCACCACCGGCAGCACGCAGCUUGGCCCCGCCACCCGCCGCAGGAGUCGACUUGCGCGUGUCGGCUGUGGUCACCGUCUUCGCCAGCCUGUGCGUCACGCGUCUGACAAGCCCAGCGGCGCCGCUGAAAGUGUGCUUCUUGGGCGCCUUGGCGUCGGGCGGCUCAAGGCGGGGCUCCAUGACGUCUGUGUCGUCGCCGCCAGGGCAGUUGAGGACUGCACCGGUGCGAGGCGUGCACAUUGGGCGGCACGGCCGACGAGCGGAUGGAUGGGCAACCGACGUCAGGUCAUCGGAUGGCUACAGGGAGAGAGCUAGAGGUGUGAAAAGACCCUCAGCGGGAAAGCAAAUGCAAAAGAACGGUUCC